ACGGUGCAGCAACGUGAAAUGUGAAAAUCCGGUUACACUUUAAUGGGAAAACCACUUUUCAAAAGCAAUUGCCGUGUUUUAUGGACGCUAUUGGAGGACAGCACGUUAAGUACAACAAMUUUUGUAACUAGGUCGAUUUGUUUGCUGAAUUUCGGCUUUCAAAACAUGGACACGUCACAACGUAUGGUCGCCGUCUGCAGUGAUUUUGGAUUUUUAUAGUAGCGCCUAGAAACCUGAAUCCUUGAUCCUUGCAAGUGUAAAGACUAAAGCAAACAAAGCAUUAGUAAUUCUAAAGCAAUGAAUUGGGCGUUUAUUAUUAGAAGACUUUUUAAGAUUCGUUCGUUCAAACGAACAGUUGUAUUCACAGUAGUGAUUCUACUUCAGUUGUGGUUGGCAUUGCCUGUGCUCUUCCGUUAUUUCUUUAACGAGUCAUGGCCUGAACAAUUUGACAUUCGUUUACCAGAUAGCUAUAAGCCUCCUUUAUUACCUAUAGUGGUGUUUAGUUCUUACAAGCCAAGAUAUUURGAAAAGACUUUGAAGUCUAUGUCAAGUUCGGGUAAUGUCCARCCCACUACACCAUGCCUGUUCGUACUACACCAUACCAAACAUUCCACCAUGGACGAUAUUAAUGAAACCUAUAAAGUACUUGCAAAAAUUACAUUUUGUAGAAAACUUGUCUGGACUUUCGGAAAUGACAAAGAAGAGCGAAAUCCUGAUGUUCUGAAGGCCCAUUGGUGGAAAGUAAUGACRAAGGUUUUUGAAGAGAAAGAUGCAUUUCAACUMAAAAGCAAUGGRACCUUYCAAGGAGAUGUGUUUUUYAUUGAAGAUGAUGCAAUUGUAUCCCCAGAUUUCAUGGAGGUUAUGUGGUAUGCUCUGAAUGUCAAAAACACUGUCCCAGACACAUUAUUUAGCACAUUACAAGGCAUGGGCUCUGAAAACUUAGUAGAACACCAACCAGACACYUUUGUACUUAGCCAGGUACCAGUGGUYGAGAGUAUAUGCUAUGCAUUCAACAGCACAACCUGGAAAUAUAUUAAAAUGACAGAAAGAGAAGCUGUUGGCUACACAGAGAAAGAUUGGCCUGUCGCACUUGGAUUGUUGUUAUUUUAUGACCGUAAUGAAACUGUUCAAAUCGUGGCACCCACUAUCAGUCGUAUAUGGCAUGUUGGAGGCAAUGAUAUGAUAUCUAAGGACAGAGAUGAGUUUGACAGUUAUUAUGAUGGAGAAAAUAAACCACCUUGGAAACGUGCCAAAGAGAAAAGRUUUUUAAACCAACACAAAGCAAGAGUUUUACCAGGAAUUAGAGACAUGUAUGGCAGACUGUGCCAUCCAUGUGAGCUGGAAUCAAGACCAAACAAGUUUCCUUCAAGAAACUUUAAAUGCAGAUGCUUUUGUCCAUUAAACAGUGUUAAGAAGUACUGGAAUUGGCAGGUYGCAGCAUUUGCAAAGACCACAAAGCGCAUGAUGCAUUGCCAGUUAGUGUCCCACUUUAUGAUCAUGGUCAUGUGUAUUCUUAUCGGAUGUUUGAUAUUCGGAUAUUUUUUAAUAUCUCAUUAACUCUUGCAGCUCUCUUUAUAAUUAUCAUUCUAAAUAUAAUUUAGUGUAAUAUUUUUUAUAUACAAAUAUAUGAGUUAUAUAUCUAGAUGCUUUUCAUCAUUCUGUAGUACGUAUUAUUAUUACUGGUAAACCUACAGCUGGGUAUUAUUAUUUUAUCUGGCUUUAUAUAUACAAUUGGACCUCAACGACCAAUCAACUGCUGUAUCAGGGGCCAGUUGUAUGAAGGGUGGAUAAAGUUAUUGACUCYGUAUAUUUUGUAUGGAUUUUAKGCACUGGAUAAGGAUCUAUCCAAUGGAUAGCGCUAUUCACCCUUUGUACAACAGGUCCCUGGUAUUUAAUGAGGUCAAGGUCUAAUUUUGUUUUAGUAUAAAUUGGUAAAUUGUUCACCAGUCACCAAGAAGGAAGGCUCAUUGUUGAACUUCUUCAAAUAGUCUAUUUAACAAUUAGAUCUCGAAGGCAAGUGGACUAUGAGCUGAUAGCCCAUGAGGCAGAAGACCAAAUGGGCUAUCAGCUCGUAGUCCACAA